AUAACUGCCCUGUUCUGUUCACUCUCUCUGGGGCACUUGGCACCAGCUCUGCUCAGAGACAGGACACUGGGCUGGAUGGACCCUUGCUCUGACCCAAUCUGGCCGUUCGGGCUCUGCCCAGACCCCAGCCGAGAUCUGGGCCCCAUUGGGCCGGGUGUGCACAGACCCACGGGGAGCACUGAAGAGCUCACACUCUAAGUAGAUGGGGGAGGGGAAGAGGUUCAGAGAGGGGCAGGGACCCGCCCAAGGUCAAUGGUGGAGCUGGGACUAGAACCCAGGUGUCCUGACUCCCAGCCCAUCCCCCCUCCCCUGCCUGAUGCGCUCUGGACGAGGGACCCUCCCGGACGGAAAGUCUCCUCCCGUCACGGGUCACUGUCACGGACUCCCAGAUCGUGCCCAAACAAGAAAACCCCCCACUUCGUCACAGUCACCAGCCCAGCUCUCGUUGAUCCCAGCUGAGAACCUGGCCCCUUACGGGAAGGGAGCAGCGGGGCGUGCGACCAGCCGAGCGUCACUGACACGGGGGGGUGCACAGCUCCGCCAUCGCCCCCCUCCCCACUCACGCAUGGCUGCUGCAGUGGCAUGGGGCUUGCGGGAGGCGGGGCCGGGGUACCACGCAGAGCUGGCUGCCAGAUGUGCACUGGAUAGGGAGUCCCUGCUGGGGGGGACGGGACCCGCGCUGGGACAGGAAGUUCCGGUAGCAAAGGCAAACAGGCGUCCCGUGGGGGCGACGGGACUGCCGUUCUGGUCCCAGCUGAGGGCCGCUGCGAGAAGACGCGCCGUGGCUGAGCAGGAGAACGGUGCCUGGUCCCUCGUGAGCCAGUCACGGGAGAACCAGGAGCUGUGGGGGUGCACCCGCCCCCAGUGACGAUGCCAUGGCCUGCGCCCCGUGACGCCGAGCUCCGGGCGGCGCAGGCAGCCAUGGGGAGCAUCUACAAGGAUUACUUCAACCCGGACAAGAUCCGGGACCACUACAACUACACCAAGGGGUUGACAGAGAGGCAGACCCCGGGGCGUGACGCCUUCUCCAUCGCCAUUGUCAUCCUGUGCUGCCUCAUCGUGCUGGAGAACCUGCUGGUGUUGGUCUCCGUCUACCGUAACAAGAAGUUCCACUCAGCCAUGUUCAUCUUCAUCGGCAACUUGGCCUUCUCCGACCUGCUGGCCGGCUUGGCCUUCAUGGCCAACGUCCUGCUCUCGGGCAAGCGCACCUUCAGCCUGACGCCGGUGCAGUGGUUCGUGCGGGAGGGCACGGCCUUUGCCACGCUGGCGGCCUCGGUCUUCAGCCUGCUGGCCAUCGCCAUCGAGCGGCACGUGGCCAUCACCAAGGUGAAGCUGUACAGCAGCGACAAGAACUGCCGCAUGGUGCUGCUGAUCGGGGCCUGCUGGGUGAUCUCGGUGGCCAUCGGGGGCCUGCCCAUCAUGGGCUGGAACUGCAUGGGCAGCCUGGAGGACUGCUCCACCGUCCUGCCGCUCUACUCCAAGCGCUACAUCCUCUUCGUCGUCACCGUCUUCACCGCCAUCCUGCUCUCCAUCGUGGUGCUCUACGGCCGCAUCUACUGCAUCGUCCGCUCCAGCCACGCUGAGAUCGCCAGCGUGCAGACCCUGGCCCUGCUCAAGACGGUCACCAUCGUGCUGGGGGCCUUCAUCGUCUGCUGGCUGCCGGCCUUCAUCAUCCUCCUGCUGGACACCUCGUGCGCCGUCAAGGCGUGCCCCGUGCUCUGCGAGGCGAGCUAUUUCUUCGGCUUCGCCGCCCUCAACUCGGCCAUGAACCCCGUGAUCUACACGCUGCGCAGCAAGGACAUGCGGAAGGAGUUCCUGCGGGUGCUGUGCUGCUGGGGCGUGGCGGGGCGCGGCAAGCCGGCCGAGCGCUGCAUGGUGCCCCUCCGCAGCUCCAGCUCCCUGGAGCGCUGCACCCAGAAGCAAGACCUGCCCACCUCGCCCAUCCUGCGGGAAUGCACCACCUCGGUGUGAGGCACUGCAGGGACAGUGGGCGCUGAUCGGUACGAAGGGACCCGGCCCGGAGCCGGCUCUCCUGUGGGCAGUCUGCCGGGGCAAGGCGGGCGGGGACUUGCCAGGUACUGACAAUCUGGUUUGCGUGAUCCCGUCUUCCCGAGCGCCACCCACUCCUGCCGGGAUCCUGCCUGCUCCCAGCACGGCCUCGCCCAACCCACACGCCCACGCCCGCCUGGCGCGCGCCCAGGGGCUGGGCGGUGGCUGCCUGGCUCCAUGCACACGGGUCCAGGGGCCUUUCCGGCGGAUGCUCCGCCCUGGUCUGCGUGCGGGUGAACUGCCACCUGCCCUGCUGGUACAGGAGGAGGGGGCGGCAGCGAGGGGCUUGCUGCACCAAGGCCGGCCAGGGGGCACGGAGGGGAUCUGGGCACAGUCAGGACCAAGCCCCCACUGCACGUAUUUCCCCUCACCAGCUGGUAGCGUCAGAGCACCAGGUGCCCCCCGCAUGGCGCCCGGCUCCGGCUCAGUGCGGCGAGCAGUCGCUGUCGUGGGCAGGGUGAACUGGGGUCCUGCUCCAGCGCCGCCCCCAGAUGCUCCUCUCCCCCAGGGGACGUGCAAUUUAAACCCACCGGGGCGGCCUCGCCAGCUGACUUGGGGGGGGAUGGGUUCCUGCAGGGGCCGGGGGCACGGCUGGGCUGUCUGUUGGCCCCUCCCCCCCUGCAAUCAGUGCCUUUCCGUCCCCCUGUCAAGUAACAGGGGCUUGAGCGGUCACUCAGCAAGCAGGUCUGUGUCGCUGUCAGUCCAUCUGUUCAUCCCUAUGGUACUGCCUGUCUGUCUGGGGUCCCCUCGGGCCCUGCUCGCCGCACGGCCGCCGGCUGGGAUCGGAAGAGGCUGAGCAGGGAACGGGGCAAGAACCUUCCAGGGGCCCACGCCUGCUUAGAGCGAGUGUGUCUGUGCGGUGCACUGCGUGUGUGUAUGUAGGCAGUGUGUGUCUGGCUGUGCGGUGCAGUUUGGGUGUGUAGGGUGUGUAGGCAGAGUGUGUCUGUGCGGUGCACUGUAUGUGUGCAGAGUGUGUGUGUCUGGCUGUGCGGUGCAGUCUGGGUGUGUUGCUCUCACGUGCCCCCCGCUAGGCCUGGCCCUAGGGGCACAGACCUUUGCCGGUCAGGGGCUCUGCUGGGUGCCUUGGCGGGGCGGGGCGGGGCUGGGGGGGGGCACGUGGGCGGGCGUGUCCCCUGCCUGCCUGGGAGAAUGAGUCACAGCCUGAUGUGCAGCGACGUGUCUGUGCAGCACGGGGGGGUGGUUUUGUGAAUGGGAAUGGAAGGCGGGCGUGGGAACGGCGGCCCUACCCCCGGCACGUGGCGGGGGGGAACGAGAGGGGGGUGUUAAGGUUUUGUUUGAAAAUAACCCGCUGCCCCUGCCCUUGACACAGCCUGCGCCCCAGCCCCCUCCGGACGUGGUGCCAGCAGGGACUGGCCAGUGUGUCUCUGUUGUGCAUCCCGUGUCCCGGCGUGUGCCCACUGGGACACUGAGCAGGUCCCCCAGGCCCUGGGCUGCUGGGGCCCAUCUAGGGUGACCUGAUGUCCCAGUUUUAUAGGGACGGUCCCGAUAUUUGGGGCUUUUUCUUAUAUAGGCUCCUAUUACCCCCCACCCCCGUCCCGAGGUUUCACACUUGCUGUCUGGUCAGCCUAGGCCCGUCCCCCAGGGCUGCUGGAACCGUUUGUGCAGUGCGGGGCUGAGAGCCAGUGAGGUGAUCAAAACCACUGCAAGCCAGGGGCUGCGGCCGCCUCCCCCCAUUCCAGCACCUCUGCCUUCCCCUUUCACCCCUGUCUGUCCACUUCUCCGGCCUCGGGGGGCUCCAGCCGUGGGGGACCAAGUGCCACGUGAGCGCGCUGGCAGGAGCUGGGGCCGCCCGGCCGGCACAGGGCCAAGACCUGGUUCUUUAGUGCACACAGUGGGUGUGGGGGGCGGGGAGGACACACCCCAUCCCUGCGAAACACUACAGGAGCCCCCAGGUCUGGGCGCAAGUGCCACCUCUGUACAAAUGGCCUUUGGUGCCGAUUGGAUUAAAACGUUGCUUCUGUA